AUGACUCGAAAUGGAGUACACAACAACCUUUUGGAAAGGCUGCCCUCGGAAAUGAAAACACACAUUCUGAGUUUUCUUCCGAUCCCUGAUAUUGCCAGAGGUGCAGGUCUUGUCGAUAAAUCGUGGUUUGAAUUGGUUUCUCCUUCUCUCACCGAUGAGAUUGUUUCAAAUACGUGUUCAUCAAAGAACAAGAAUGAAAUUCAUAACAAUGAUUACACUGUAGAUAUUUGGAAAUUUAUGAUUACACAAUUUAAAGAAAAACUUGGUCCUUUGUUAAAACAAGAGACCAAACAGGCACCCAAGAAACGGAACAAAUCAAAUGCGAAUAAUACAAUCGUUAAAGACAAUGAUGAUAUUGCCUUUCAAAAUUUUACAAACCUUUCUGAAUGCAAACAGUUAAUGUUGAAAUGGAUGAUUAGGUCAAGGAAAUGUCGAUCGUGUGGAAAAGGUGUGCAGAGUUUACAAGAAUUGCUUACUAGAAAAAUAGUGAGCACCUGUAACUGUCCUGGAUAUAUUUGUAGAGACAGAUGCUUUUUCAAUGAGAGAAUGGCAAACGAAUCCAUUAAGAGUUGCUCGAAGUGCGGAUACAAUUAUGUCUUAAAACCAUCUAACAAACACAACUCUGUAUCUACCAAAAUUUUUAAGAAUUAUCCAGUAACCUCACAACUAAUACUUACAACCAUUUCAUCCCUCUCUGUAAUAUUAUUCAUUUAUUCGAUUAUUUCAGGCUUUGGUUAUGUGAUGCCAUCAAAUGAGUUCAGCGAUAUUUGGAUAUAUUUAGAGGACGUUUGGAUUUUCAAGCAUUUGUUUUUAUGGAAAUAUUUUGUGAAUGGCAUGUCAUAUAUUUGUUUAAUUGGAUAUCUAAUUUUGGUGGUAGCUAGUUUAGUGUCAAUGGAUUUUUCCUCAAUCUCACAAGGGGACGAAGGUGCUGCUGAAAUAUUGGGAAUUAUAUUGACCAUGGUUGCAGUAGUUGCCAUUCCAUACUUGUUUCACAAAUUUUCAAAAAAACACGUCACAAAGAAAGCUAUUCUUGGCUCUCCAGUCGUUUUUUCAAAUCCAGUCAGUCGCACUGAAAAUACACAAGAGCAAGAGGAGACUAUUGGGGAUUAG